ACAUGUCGAGCAACAAUCUCACCGGAGUGCUACCUAGCACAGUUUGUUCCAUAAAAGCUCUGCUGUCUCUGCACUUGGAAAACAACAACAUGAAUGGGAAUUUACCCAUCUCCAUGAAGAACUUGACAAGACUCAGAAGAUCUCGGAAGCAAUGAGUUCACUGGAGGUAUUCCUUCCUCGAUUGGACAUGGACUGCCACAUCUCAAGAUUCUCAUCCUUCGAUCGAAUAGGUUCCAUGGUCAUAUUCCACCUCAGCUGUCAAACCUCUCUUCUCUUCAGAUAUUGGAUUUAUCACACAAUAGUUUCAUAGGAACUAUACCUCCAACCUUUGGCAACUUCAGCUCCAUCAGAAUAUCGCCUAAGAGUCUGGGGAAGAUCGUCGAUGUUGGCUCCUACAAAGAGACCAUUUUGUUGGUAACUAAAAACCAAGAGAACUUCUAUGACAAAUUGCUUUCCAUAAUGACAACCUUGGACCUUUCAGAUAACAACUUGUCCGGCCAAAUUCCUGAACAAAUCACGUCUCUUUUAGGCUUAUGGAACUUGAAUUUGUCAGGAAAUCAUCUUACCGGAGAGAUCACUCACAAGUUCAGUCAGCUAAUCGAGCUGGAGUCUUUAGACUUGUCGAGAAACCAGCUCUCAGGUUCCAUUCCACCAGCAUUGUCCAAUUUGACCUUUCUGAGCCACUUCAAUGUGUCCUACAACAACUUGACAGGGAGUAUUCCAUCAGGAAACCAACUGAAUACCUUCACUGAUCCAUCUGCAUUCAUGGGCAACCCGUUUCUUUGCGGCUUUCCUUUAAACAACUCUUGUGACAAGGUAGUAACAGAUGAGCCAGCUUACAAGAAUGAGAUCAAGACGCACAAUCAUGAUGCGAUUUGGUUGUAUAUCAGUGCGGUGCUAGGAUUUGUGCUUGGAUUCUGGGUAGUGUGGGGGGUCCUCUUGUUCAGCGAGGCUUCCCGGCAUUCAUAUUUCCGUGUUGUGGAUGACUUUUUUGAUCGUGUGUAUGUUUCAGUCGUCUUAAACUUUAGAUUGAUCAAAAGGAAGGCUAAGAGAAAGGAAGUGAUUACUUUGUCAGAUUCAGUCGUCGUCGAAGCCAAAGCCAAACAGUUGGUAUCAUCGCUGGCGGAGCCAAGAUUUGUAGCCCGCCUGGGCUGCAAAUCUCCUCUAAAGUCCCAGAAGACAGAUUAUGACAAACACAUGGUUCAUAGCUUUCAAGAUAUCCAAGAGGACAGGAAGCAACAAAUGGAACUGUGA